AUGGACCUGAGCGCCGCCGCCGCGCUGUGUCUCUGGCUACUGAGCGCCUGCCGUCCCCGCGACGGGCUGGAGGCUGCAGCGGUGCUCCGAGCGGCGGGUGCAGGACCAGCCUGGAGCUCCCGGGGCGGCGGCGGCGGACGGACCCUCGUUCCGGCUCGGAGGAACGGCUCGGUGGUGCCACACCACUUCAUGAUGUCGCUUUACCGGAGCUUGGCUGGGAGGGCUCCAGCCAUGGCAGCCUCGGGGCACGGCCGCGCGGACACGAUCACCGGCUUCAUAGACCACGCGACUCAAGAGGAAUUGGCGACCGAACCCGGCCAGAGCUUUCUCUUCGAUUUAUCCAGCCUCCCCGAUGCGGACGAGGUAGUGAGUGCUGAACUGCGCGUGCUGCGCCGGAGGUCUCCGGAGCUAGACCCGGACAGUGCGACCCUUCCUCCGCUGUUGCAGCUGUCCUCGUGCCCCGACGUGACCCACACAUCUCACUUACUGCAUUCGCGGACUGCCGAACCCCUAGAAGUCGCGCGCUGGGAAGAGUUCGACGUGACGGACGCGGUGCAGAGCCUCCGUCGCGAGCCGCGCGCCUCCCGCAAGUUCUGCCUGGUGCUGCGCGCAGUGGCCGGCACCGGGAACAGUCCGCUGGCUUUGCGACGACUGGGCUUUGGCUGGUCGGGCGGUGGUACCCGCGAUGGCACCGCUGCUGAGGAGCGCGCGCUGUUGGUAAUCUCCUCCCGUACACAGAAGAAAGAGAGUCUCUUCCGGGAGAUCCGAGCCCAAGCCCGCGCGCUCCGGGCAGCCGCAGAGUCGCCACCGGAUCCGGGACCAGGCGAUGGGGCUCGGAAAGCAACCCUGAGCGGACGUAGGCGAAGGCGGACGGCGCUGGCGGGGACGCGGGGAGCACAGGGCAGCGGCGGAGGUGGCGGCAAGGGCCAUGGGCGCAGGGGCCGGAGCCGGUGCAGCCGCAAGCCUCUGCACGUGGACUUUAAGGAGCUGGGCUGGGACGACUGGAUCAUCGCGCCAUUAGACUACGAGGCGUAUCACUGCGAGGGCGUUUGUGAUUUUCCUCUGCGCUCGCACCUGGAACCCACCAACCACGCCAUCAUUCAGACUUUGCUCAACUCCAUGGCACCCGACGCGGCGCCAGCCUCCUGCUGCGUGCCCGCGCGCCUCAGCCCCAUUAGUAUCCUCUACAUCGAUGCCGCCAAUAACGUGGUCUACAAGCAGUACGAGGACAUGGUUGUGGAGGCCUGCGGCUGCAGGUAGCAUGCGGUCUGGGGAGGGCCUUGCCGCCCUGGACCCCAACUGAAAAACAGCCUUACCCUGGCCAGUCACCAGGCUGGAGGGAUGGUGGAAUAAGGCCUCCCACCUGCACAGAGGAGAUCACACAGUUCACACUCAUAUUUACACACUCCUUUACUCACACACACAUUUACCGUGGACAGGAGGCGCGGAAAGCCUUGUGCAGUUGCGGUCACUGGAUGUUACAGCCAUGCUUAUUUGCUAACAUCGAUACAAAACGCUGUCUCUUUAAGAAGAAGGGUGUCUGUGUUUAGAAAAGUGUUAGCAUUGGAUACUCCUUUUAGUUGGAGGUUGUGUGGCACCGCGGGGUGGCUGAAUUCCUGGCACUCCCACUGCAGGGUUGUGGUACCCAGAUUCUCUGCAGGUGUGCACUGGGAAUCUACAAACAGUAAGGAACCCCUGGUGGGGAUGCACCCAUCCUCUACACAAGCCCUAUUGUGAUGCUGUCUCAGUUUUGAGAAGGAAGCUUUAUCCAAGAGAAUAUAUUGUGCUACAAAUGUCAAUACCGACUUAAAAAAAUCAAUUUCAGUUAGGAACGAUCUGACAAAAAAAAUCGAUUCCAAUUAGGAAUGAUCUGGGAAGUAGAAUAUUUUUCUCUUGGCGGUGUGUGAAAUGGAGGCAAGGGGUGCGGAGCAGGAUAGGAUUUGCCGGGUUUAGAAGCAUCUAGAGGGUGGUACAGGAGGAAGUUAGGGCAAUGGCUGCACUUGGGUAGCAGAGGCAGCUGAGGUGUGCCAAGAGGAUGCCCUAAGAGGCAGAAAGGAGGCUGUCAGGGCUUGAGUGUCCUGGGGCUGCUCCGCGGGGAUUGUAGCCCCUUGGCCAGGAAGGCAGAGCCCCCUCCAAGAGGCGCUGGGUGCUUAUGCUUUGCUGUGGAAUCUGUGCUGGCCUGAGUGUGCCUGUCACUGUGCGUGUUGCUGUUACAUUUUGGCAGUGUGACAGCGACGGGAAGUGAAGCCACACACAAAUGCUUUUCUCAGACCCAAACCCACACCCUGGACCUGAUCCUUGCUCCUAGAUCAGUAGUUGUGUGGGAUGAGCAGGGUGCAAGCCUGUCUCGCAUCUCCAGAAUCCCUGCUCUACAGAAGUGUUUGGUUUGAAUUCUUGCUGCCUGUCCACCCUUUGGGACCUCUGGUCAGUGACUGGGAGAGAGAAAUCAUCUGGGCUGCACCUGCUGGGGGCUUCCAGGACAGCACUGACUUCUGCUGCGUUUUCUCCUUUAGGUUGUGGGAGAGGCAUUAAUUCUGCCCUUGUUCUGGAUGCCAAGGUCCAGGACGGUUUAUAGGUAUUUUCCUUCUUAGUGGUUACACUGCACUCCCUACAGACAAUAAAGAUGAAGCUUUAGACCCAGCUAAUUUAUUCAAGAGCCGCAUCUGAGUCCCUUUCAUUCUGUAAAAUUUCCCCCCAAGGGGAAAAUAAUCCAUGUAUAAUUUAUUCUUAAGACAAAGAUUUCUUUUCUUUUACAAUGUGAACUUGUACGGCUGUGAAUAGCUGUAACCAGAAAACGCAACAAUUUCAGCCUUUUCUUUUCUUUUCUUCUUUUUAAAUCGUCAAGUGGCUACUAUUGAUAGGAUUUCAUCUUCUUUUGGUGGCUGGGCAGAGACCUCCGUCCAGAUCUCUGGAUUCUGUAUGGAAAACCUCUC